GAAGGGGCAGCACUGAGCUCACAGAGACGAAACUCCACUUUACACCAACGAAGAAGAAACCAGGAAGUCGGGGGAGAGCUGUUGCUAAAGGUCUCCAUCAUGGCGGGCCGACGCGCUCUGAAGGCGGUGCUCAUCGACCUGAGUGGAACUUUACACAUCGAGGACACGGCGGUGCCCGGGGCGCAGGACGCCCUCAACAGGUUACGGCAGGCGUCUGUCGAUGUGAAGUUUGUGACCAACACCACGAAGGAGAGCAAGAGGAGUUUAGUGGAGAGACUGCAGCGGCUCGACUUCCACGUCCAGGAAAAAGAGAUCUUCACUUCGCUCAGUGCCGCGAGGAGUUUGGUGGAGCGGAACCAACUCAGACCGCUGCUGCUGGUGGAGGACAGCGCUCUGGAAGACUUCACAGGUAUUGACACGUCAGAGCCAAACGCCGUUGUCAUCGGACUCUCUCCUGAUCACUUCAACUACCAGACACUCAACCAGGCUUUCAGGAUGGUUCUGGAAGGAGCUCCUCUCAUCGCCAUCCAUAAGGCUCGAUACUACAAACGUGCGGAUGGUUUGGCCCUCGGCCCCGGGCCCUUUGUGGCGGGACUGGAGUUCGCUGCAGACUGCAGAGCUACUGUGGUGGGAAAGCCCGAAAAGUGUUUCUUCACACAGGCCCUGUCUGAUUUAGGAUGUAGCCCCACUGAAGCUGUCAUGAUAGGAGAUGAUGCCAGAGAUGAUGUGGGCGGAGCACAGAACACAGGGAUGUUGGGAAUUCUGGUCAGAACUGGUAAAUACCGAGAAGGAGAUGAGGAUAACAUCAACCCUCCCCCCCACCUGACAUGUGACAGUUUCCCAGAAGCUGUGGCACACAUCCUGAAGAACCUGCUAUAAAACAACUGCUCCUUUUUGUACAAAAAAACACUAUCUCUAAAGAUGUUUAUUGAAUCAUUCCACUCAGCAUUCCCUCAAACUUUAGGUAAAAUAACAAUGCUAUACUCCUGUAUAUAUAAAAGAGCAUGCACACCUUUAACAACAUGUCUAUUUCACUGUUGUAGACUACUUUCUUAAGUGACUAAUCCUUAAAAGUAAAGUAUGCAUUGACUAAAUACUCA